AUGCCGUUCGGAGUGAAUCCCUUCUCGCGACAAGACCACCACGAUUUCCCCGGAGUUGUCGUGCCCCUCUCCAGUGCCCCUGCGCAUUCGAAACUCAGCUCCGAUCCGGAAAAGAAAGUAGGCCCUGAUGAGAAGACUGACGAUGGGAGCCUCGACAGGGCAUCUUCCGCAGAGCACGGCGUGGGCUCAUUCCAUAGCCACCAGCAAAGCCAAGAUGGCCAUCUGACCAUAGAGAUUCUGCGCGCUGAAGUAGAAAAUGAUCUCGCCGCCUCAGGCCAGGACUCCGCCUAUGAUCGCAAAGCAAAGGUGAUUAACAGGGCCAUUCAAGACAUUGGUAUGGGCCGCUAUCAGUGGGAGCUCUUUAUGCUGUGUGGAUUUGGUUGGCUUGCAGACAACCUAUGGCUACAGGGUGUUGCGCUUACACUACCGCAAUUGUCUCUGGAAUUCGGCGUUGACGAGAACAACGUUCGUUUUACUACUUGUGCGCUGUUCGUGGGUCUCUGCAUCGGUGCCUCCUUCUGGGGUAUCGCCUCCGAUGUUAUUGGCCGUCGCCCAGCUUUCAACUUUACUCUCAUGAUCAGUGGUGUGUUCGGUCUUGCUUCUGGUGGCGGUCCCAACUGGGUUGGCACUUGUGCCCUGUACGCCUGUCUGGGCCUUGGAGUUGGUGGAAAUCUGCCCGUUGAUGGAGCGCUCUUCCUGGAGUUCCUGCCAUUUGCCUCCGGUAAUCUCUUGACCAUGCUUAGUGUGUGGUGGCCGGUUGGCAACUUGAUUUCCAGUCUUCUGGCCUGGGCGUUUAUUCCGAACUUCACUUGCCCGUCUACAGGGCCCUGCACGAAAGAGCAGAACAUGGGCUGGCGGUACCUGGUUAUUACCCUUGGUGCCAUCACCUUUGUCAUGUUCAUCUGCCGUUUCUUUCUCUUCCAUCUGUACGAGUCGCCCAAGUUCUUGCUUUCGCGUGGACGCCAAGACGAGGCCGUCGCUGCUGUUCACGGCAUCGCAUACAAGAACCGCGUCAAAACAUGGCUCACUGUUGAGAUCCUUAAUGAGAUUGGCGGCUAUCCGGAAGAGUCCACCAACACACAAAGUCUCAGCAACAAGCAGAUUGUUCAGAGAUACAUGUCCAAGUUCUCUCUCGACCGCAUCCGUGGUCUCUUUGCUACCAAAAAACUUGGAAUCUCCAGUACGCCCUUUGAAUACUUAAUAGCCUAA